ACGCUAGGGUUUUAACCCAACAAUGCGAUUGAUUCUUCCGGUGAUACUGUUUAAAGGGGUUGUUACGGUGGUUGGUGUUUCUCUCCGGUGGAUUAGUAGCAGGGAUGUGGCUUCCUUUCGUGGGUGGUUUGAUUCUCAGGGCUUCCCACGGGUCAGAUCUGAAGUGCCUUCGGUUCCAUCGGAUACUGCCAUGGUUGUGAUUUUUAUAUGGUGGGUUGAAGAGGUUACCGUGAUUCUCAUUCGAUGGAUCGAUAUUCAAAAUUCCCAAUGGGUAGGGUUGGAGAAUAAACGUUUCUUCUGGGUUAUUAUGGUGGAUUUGAUUGUGGUCAGGCGGUAUUGUGUGGUUUAUUUGGCUUCUCUCCAGUGGUGGGCUAUGAAUCGGUGCGUAUUGAGGUGGAAAGAACGGCGGCAAUGGCUUCAGGAUCCCAUCGGGUAUGAGAUGUUUGAUCAUCUGGUUUUGUUUAUUGGUCUCUUUCAGAGAUCUUCGGUGAGUUACAUGUUUAUUUUCUUUCACAAUCUCUGGGAUCUGGUAAAGAAUUUUCCGGUGAAUAUCUCUUAUCAAAACGGGAAUUGGAUACGGUUUGAGGAAUUUAAUUCGGUUGGAAAUCGGUCUGAUGUUUCUCGGUUAGUCGUUGAGGGCAGUCCAAUUGAGACACAAAGAGGAGUGGCAGACUACAAGCUGGUUGCCUAUAAAAUAGAAUCACGGUUUAAUGUUUUUACUUAUCUCAUCAAACCUUCAGAAUUUCAAAGCAUUGAGAGCCCAUUUUUAGGCUUGAGUCUCAGGUUUCGGCUGGUUCUUCUGAGAGUGUUUAUAUCUUGGGCUUGUUAUAUUCUGGUUUUUAUUGAAUUGGGGAGAGUGAUGUCUCAAAGCGGUUUGGUUAUAAAGGGCUCACAUGGUAAUAACAUAAAUAAGACUCUGAAGCUUAAGAUCAAAGUCCCAUGUUUUGAUAACUCAGCUUUGAUCGAGGGGUAUUCAAAGAGUCUGAUUGGGAGAUACAUGAACCCUGCAAUGCAGGACAUGACAUCUUUGUUACACUCGGUUAUGUCGAGAGCUUGUUGUAAGUGCAAUAUGGGGAAUGACUCCCACAUUCACGAUGGGGAUCUGGUUUGGAUUAUCAAGGUUGACUCAAGGUUCGGAGAGAGAAACGAAAUCUCAAUUAACAGCGGUAUUGAGUAGAUCCCGAUCUGAUCUUGAGUGUAUGGAGUUGAGUUUCGGUGGUUGUAACAAACGGUUUUACUAUGGUUUGAUUUCCGGUUUUUUAUGGUUGGUUGUGGAUAAUAGAAGGGUUAAAAUAUC